AUGAUACGGCAAUACCUUUCGUCAGUGUCUGUAGAUCCACGUCCUUGUGAUAGUGAGUCUACCAGUCAGAACGAGACGGGCCAAAACGAGACCAGACAAGCUCCACAACAAUCCCCGGCUUCACACCCGAAACAUCAAACACUCGUUACCGACACCACCAUCAAGAGCUUUGGCCUGCAACACUAUUCUCUCGACGGACCCAGUGAAACUCCAGGAGACCACCAAUCAUCCUCGGCAUCGCAGAGCAGGAGGGGGAACCGCACCAGACGUGACACACAUCAUCACCAGUCUACUGGACAGCGCAGCCCCGAGAACGAAUCAUCCCAAAACGCGUCACCUCCACCCCAAAUACCUCGAACUCCAGCAAUAAGGCCACUACGACAAACAAUCCCAGGAUGGCAAUUCUCAGACCCCAUUGCCAUUCCACCAAGGCGACCCAGUGACGGAAAUGAUACCAUUGCCAAUUACCGCGCCAUCGGGGCACAACACCAAGCAUGGAUAGCAGGCCCAGCCGCAAAAUCAUGUCCAGUCGAACGAUCCAGAGUCACCUGGGCAGACUUAAUCCACAACCCACUGGAAGAACACAGCUUCGAGGUGUAUCUUAAUGACCUUCGAUCACCACCCGAGGAAGUGGGCAACAUCGCCACAACCGGGCUGUCGAUGGGAAAGAAUUGGCGGUAUGUCUUUUUGAGGCAAUGGGGGCACUGGGAUGGUGGUCGUCAAGAGGGCUACACCGUUUACCAGCACCGUACUGGACUCGGCGCUAUUUUCGUUGAGAACAUUACUAGACGAUUCGGGCCAUACUGGGCUCAAGUGGCUCAGGCGCAAUACCAGCUUGAUAACCACAUCGAUACGCUCCAGUAUGUUUAUUUUAUCAAUGUUCAGAACGUCUGCACCUGGCCCUACGUGGAAAGCCGUCUCUACCCUCGUCACGGCUUGAACUGGUUUGACGACUAUCGGCCCCAGCGUUGGACAUACGGUACUAGGGAAUAUCAGGAGCUUCUGGGUACGAAGCUGGGGAGGGGAGUGGCUCGUUUGGUUCUGGGGGGCUUGGCCGAGAGGUACACAUCGCAUCGAGACCAUUUAUACGUGGACCUAUGUCGGAAACCUGCAGAUGAGGUUUGA